CGGAAGAUCCAUCCAUCAAAGAUUUUUCUUCUCGGUCCCUCUCUCUCGUCCGUCCUAGCCACCAGCACAUAACAAAGCAGGCAGGCAGGCUCAUACAGUACGCUCAAAGCGGAAACAGAGCGAAGAACUCAGCAGGACAGUCAGCUGCAACCGCAACUGGUCUGCUUGUCAGCAGGAUCAGUUGGAUGGCCUUGUUCUUCAUCCUUGCUUGCACCCUCAUUUUUGUAGCCAUCGCCUCCUACGCCCAGUACGCGCGCUGGCAGAAGGGGAAAGGCCGCCUCGGCGGCCAUGAGAAGGCUUCUUCUUCCUCCUCGAAGCUGCCUCCUGGCUCCAUGGGCUGGCCUUACCUCGGUGACACCCUUCAGCUCUACUCCCAGGACCCCAACGUCUUCUUCGCCUCCAAACAGAAGCGGUAUGGCGAGAUCUUCAAGACGCACCUUCUGGGGUGCCCGUGCGUGAUGCUGGCGAGCCCGGAGGCGGCGCGGUUCGUCCUGGUGACGCAGGCGCACCUGUUCAAGCCGACUUACCCUCGGAGCAAGGAGCGCAUGAUCGGGCCGUCGGCUCUCUUCUUCCACCAGGGCGACUACCACCUCCGGCUCCGCAAGCUCGUCCAGGGCGCGCUCGGGCCCGACGCGCUGCGCGCGCUCGUUCCUGAGGUCGAGUCCGCCGUGCGCUCCACCCUCGCUGCCUGGGACGGCCAGGUCAGGAGCACGUUCGACGCCAUGAAGACGCUGUCGUUCGAUGUGGGCAUCCUGGCGAUCUUCGGCGGCGGCGGGCUGGACGAGCGGCGCAAGGCGGAGCUGAGGAAGAACUACUCCAUCGUGGAGAAGGGGUACAACUCCUUCCCCAACAGCAUACCCGGGACGCUCUACUACAAGGCGAUGCAGGCGCGGCGGCGUCUGCACGGCGUGCUGAUCGACGUGAUGCGCGAGCGGCGGGAGCGCGGCGCGCCGGGCACCGACCUGCUGGGCUGCCUGAUGCGGUCCCAGGGUGACGACGACGGCGCGCGGCGGCCGCUCCUGACGGACGACCAGGUCGCCGACAACAUCAUCGGCGUGCUGUUCGCGGCGCAGGACACGACGGCCAGCGCGCUGACCUGGGCCGUGAAGUACCUCCACGACCACCCGAAGCUGCUGGAGGCCGUCCGGGCGGAGCAGGCGGCGGUACGCGAGGCCACCGGCGGCGGGAGGCGGCCGCUGACGUGGGCGCACACGAGGAGCAUGGCGCUGACGCAUAGGGUGAUUUUGGAGAGCUUAAGGAUGGCGAGCAUCAUCUCGUUCACGUUCAGGGAGGCCGUGGCCGACGUGGAGUACAAAGGGUUCCUUAUCCCCAAGGGGUGGAAGGUGAUGCCGCUGUUCAGGAACAUCCAUCACAGCCCGGACUACUUCCAGGAUCCACACAAGUUCGACCCUUCUAGAUUCCAGGUGGCGCCGCGGCCGAACACGUUCCUGCCAUUUGGGAGCGGCGUGCACGCGUGCCCCGGGAACGAGCUGGCCAAGCUCGAGAUGCUGGUCCUCAUCCACCAUCUGGUCACCGCCUACAGGUGGGAGACUGUUGGAUCCAGCGACGAGGUCGAGUACAGGCCGUUCCCCGUGCCCAAGCAAGGCUUGCCUGUCAGAUUAUGGAGAGAAAGCAGUGCGGCGGUGGACAGAAAUGGCCGCCAUGAGACCGAUGACGAUGUGGAGGACAUAAUAGUUUGACCCUUAAACUAGCUAGCUAGGCAUUAAUUUAACCAAGCUAGCUAGACAGGUUUUUGUCUUUGCUAGCUAGCUCUCGCCAGCUGCCCUCCUCUUCUCCUCGAUCAAAUUAUUACCUUGAGGGGGAGAAGAAAUGGCGGCUUUUCUCUUUCCGUUUCCUUCUCGCCUUUCUUCCCUGAUAAUGAUGAAAAAUGUAAGAUAUGCAGAUACCAAUGAUCAUUGUAUCAUUGAGAUAUAUCUAUAUAUAUAGUCACCCGAAACAGGGAGCUAGCGGUAUUAA